AACUGGAUUCCAUAGGGAAAGCCUGCAAAUCACUUCUAUUUUAGCAAGGAGAAAACAGAAUUUCCAUCCAGCAGGGUCCACCCCUCUCUUUCUCCCUCUCCUCUCCUUCUCUCUUUCUCUCUCUCUCCCUCCCCCCCUUCCUCUCUCCCUUUCUCUCCCCCCUUCCCCCCACCCCAAUCUCCCUCUCUGGUGUAUCUGUCUACGGCAACCAGCGUCCUCCUCAUCUACACGCACUGAAGGAAAGAAACAUCUUUGGUUGGGAGAGAAGGAGGAAAAAAAAGAGAGGAAAAAAACUUGCCUGGUUGUGGAAAAUGACACUUGAAGUAGCAAAGCCGGCAGCGCGAGUUGAGUCUAUUGUUUCUUAAAUUGCCAUCAGGGCUUUUUUUUUUUUCUUCCUGCUUCUUCAAGUGAAGGGUACCUCUGCAAAAGGAAACUCCAGCCCCUCCUGCCCUCCACCGGCCUGUGAUCAUUACAAAAAAAAAAAAAAAAAAAAAAAAGCAAAAAAAAAAAAGCAAAAAAAAAAAGCACCCAAACCAAAAAUUAACCAACCAAACAACCCCCAACAGCCAAGCAUACAUCUCAUUUUUUUUUAUUUUGGUCUUUUCGUUGGAUUUUCCCUUCUUUUUUUCUCUCUUUUUUUCGGGUUAUCGCUCAGUUUUGAGCGACGGUUUACAUUUUUUAAAAAAUUUGCUUUCUAGCCCGCCUUGAUCUAGCGCGAGUUCAUCGUCUCGGGAAAAAAAAAAAAUCUCUGGCUGGCGUUUUUCUUUCCCUUUUUUUUUUUUUUUUUAAAUAUUUUCAAGGGGGAGGAGAUUUUCCACAAGAAAAGGUUGUUUUCAUGUUUGGGAUUCAGGAAAGCAUCCAACGGAGUGGAAGCAGCAUGAAGGAAGAGCCGCUGGGCAGCGGCAUGAACGCGGUGCGGACGUGGAUGCAGGGCGCCGGGGUGCUGGACGCCAACACGGCGGCGCAGAGCGGGGUGGGUCUGGCCCGGGCUCACUUUGAGAAGCAACCGCCUUCCAACCUGAGGAAAUCCAACUUCUUCCACUUCGUCCUGGCCCUCUACGACAGACAGGGCCAGCCCGUGGAGAUCGAGAGGACAGCCUUUGUGGGGUUCGUGGAGAAGGAAAAAGAAGCCAACAGCGAAAAGACCAAUAACGGGAUUCACUACCGGCUGCAGCUCCUCUACAGCAAUGGGAUAAGGACGGAGCAGGAUUUCUACGUGCGCCUCAUCGACUCCAUGACAAAACAAGCCAUAGUGUACGAAGGCCAAGACAAGAACCCAGAAAUGUGCCGAGUCUUGCUCACACAUGAGAUCAUGUGCAGCCGCUGUUGUGACAAGAAAAGCUGUGGCAACCGAAAUGAGACUCCCUCAGAUCCAGUGAUAAUUGACAGGUUCUUCUUGAAAUUUUUCCUCAAAUGUAACCAAAAUUGCCUAAAGAAUGCAGGAAACCCACGUGACAUGCGGAGAUUCCAGGUCGUGGUGUCUACGACAGUCAAUGUGGAUGGCCAUGUCCUGGCGGUCUCCGAUAACAUGUUUGUCCAUAAUAACUCCAAGCAUGGGCGGAGGGCUCGGCGGCUUGACCCCUCGGAAGGUACGCCCUCUUAUCUGGAACAUGCAGCUACUCCCUGUAUCAAAGCCAUCAGCCCGAGUGAAGGAUGGACCACGGGAGGCGCAACUGUGAUCAUCAUAGGGGACAAUUUCUUUGAUGGGUUACAGGUCAUAUUCGGUACCAUGCUGGUCUGGAGUGAGUUGAUCACCCCUCAUGCCAUCCGUGUGCAGACACCUCCUCGGCACAUCCCUGGCGUUGUAGAAGUCACAUUGUCCUACAAAUCCAAACAGUUCUGCAAAGGGACUCCGGGAAGAUUCAUUUACACAGCGCUCAACGAACCUACCAUCGACUAUGGUUUCCAGAGGUUACAGAAGGUCAUUCCCCGGCACCCUGGAGAUCCUGAGCGUUUGCCAAAGGAGGUCAUCCUCAAAAGGGCCGCGGACCUGGUGGAGGCGCUGUAUGGGAUGCCACACAACAACCAGGAAAUCAUUCUGAAGAGAGCGGCUGACAUCGCCGAGGCCCUGUACAGCGUCCCCCGCAACCACAGCCAGCUCCCGGCCCUCACCAACACUUCGGUCCACGCGGGAAUGAUGGGCGUGAAUUCCUUCAGUGGACAGCUGGCCGUGAAUGUCUCGGAGGCGUCGCAGGCCACCAAUCAGGGUUUCACCCGCAACUCAAGCAGCGUGUCGCCACACGGGUACGUGCCGAGCACCACCCCGCAGCAGACCAACUAUAACUCCGUCACCACGAGCAUGAAUGGAUACGGCACGGCCGCCAUGUCCAAUUUGGGUGGCUCCCCAACCUUCCUCAACGGCUCAGCUGCCAACUCGCCCUACGCCAUCGUGCCAUCCAGCCCCACCAUGGCCUCUUCCACAAGCCUCCCCUCCAACUGCAGCAGCUCCUCUGGCAUCUUCUCCUUCUCACCAGCCAACAUGGUCUCAGCCGUGAAACAGAAGAGUGCGUUCGCACCAGUCGUCAGACCCCAGACCUCUCCACCUCCCACCUGCACCAGCACCAACGGGAACAGCCUGCAAGCGAUAUCUGGCAUGAUUGUUCCUCCCAUGUGAAAGAAUUGCCUUGAAGAAUUUUAUUAAUGAAGAGGUUGGAUUCUGCUACGGAGAAAGUAAUCUGAUACAAGUCCCAGAGUGGAACUUUUAACUCAGGCCUUUUUAAGAGGAAUCACAAUUACUGCAGAUUUUUAAACAAACAAUAUCACCGACCUUGCAAAUACUGAAAUUGGAAGGGAGCUGUGAGUGCAGGGUGCUGGUUAGGGUUGUACCUCCCAGAUGUUUGGGGGAUAUAUUUAUUCUGUGUUGAUAAAAGCAAAUCCACUUUUUCUUUCUUUUUUUUUUAAGCUUAACUCUGCAGUUAUUUGUCUUUUAUAAACCGUAAAGCUGUACACACGGGACACUAUAAAUAAGACCCCAUGUUUUAAUUUAUGAUGUUUUUAAAGCUGUGUAACAGGAGAAUGAAGUGGUGAUAUUUACAAAAAAGUUAAAAAAAAGAAAAAAGGAAAAAAAAAAAGCUUGUAUGGGACAGAAUAGGAAUGCCAGUUAGAUUUUUUAGAAAACUAAGAGUUGGCUUUUGCGCCUUAAAGCAUAUCAAAUGGUAGUUAGCUCAGACAGUGCAUUUUCAGUAUCUAACUUAACAUGCCACCCCUUAGCAGUGCAAGCUUAUUUAUCUCUUUUGUAUUGUUGUCUUAAGUAACUGUGUAAAUAAAUGCAGCCUGCAAAGUUAAAAAGUGAUGUUAAGUGAUCACAUUUUUUCCCUUCUACUCAAAAAUCCAGUGCCUCUAGACAGAUUGUUAAAACUGCAUAUUUAAACCCAAUAUCAUCCUCGCUUUUAAUUACGUCAACUUCUGAGGCCAAUGGCCUCUCAAGAGCUUGGUGGCACACAGAGUGUGAGAGAAUCUGCUUCGAAUCUUCAUGGAACAGGGUCCAGGCACACAAUUCCACAUCAUGCCCUCCAGUUAUCAAGCCAAACUCCCUCUUACACUCCCGCCAUCUACACGGUUAAAGUUUACUCAUCCGUAAUGCUGCCUUCACACUGCUCCUCCCCAAGCUGACAAAAGCAAGUUGGAGAGAGAGAGAGAGGGGGCUUCUGUCAGUUGACCCUUACAUUUGUAACACAAAAGAUCGAAAGGGUAGGUGAAGUGCUUGGGAAUCAAGAGUACGAGGAAACUGGGGAAAGGAAAAGAAGGCUGAGACCUCCAAAACAUAGUUUUCUGUUCUAUGGAAAUUUUUGCUCUCAUUAUCUGGAAAGUGUUCUUAAAAAUGAGAAUUAAUAGCAAAGAUGCAGCAAAGCUAUGAGGAUGCAUUUGCCUGAUAUUUUUUUCUUUGCUGUUGUGUUUUUGUAUGUAGUUAUAAAUACUGUAGAUUUUUUUGUGAUUUUUUGCCAAAGUUGUCGUUCUAUUUAUACAUUUUAAUGUCUUAAGACAGUUUUUCAAUAUCACAAAAAGAUUUUACGGCAUAUUUUGCAAAGAAAAAAGCUCACUACGUUUAGCUUGCACAUACUCGCAAAGUUAAUUAAAAGGCUUUCUGUUUUAAAGAGGAUUUUGUAAAAUAUCCAUAUAAAUAAUGUAUUUAUCUUUGGAAUUUGUACAUUGCUUUUCCCUUCUUCCUUUUCCUCCCACCCUCUAUUUUAUUGUGUAUGUUUGCUAUGUGAAAAGUGCUAUUUGUUUGGUCACCUACAGUUGUAUUAGCUGUUUCAAUGUGAUUUUUAAACAUUUCAUUUAUAGUUAUUUUUAGUAUUGUUUUAAACCAUGCUUCAAUUUUUUUAAAAUUUCCACCCAAAAGCCAUUGUCUAUUUUUGUAUUAUUUGUAAGUUAAGAAGUUUUUUCCAAUAUAUGGCAAAAAAA